AUGUAUAGCUCAUAUCAGUUAAAUGAUCUAGCUACUAGUGACCUUUUCGUGUUCCUUGUGAAUUUGAUCUUUGAUGAUGUAAUAUUAACUGCUUCUUUGACUGCUGCUUUCUAUCCACGUUCUCGUGAAAACUCUGCCUACUUCUCUAAACUCAAUGAUUUGUUAGUUCUGCACUUUCUUGGAGCUCAUGGUUAUGAAAGAUUGGUGACUCCUGCUGUUUUACGACAUAGGAUUGCUUUCUCUGGAGCAUCAGUGUUGUUCUAUUUAGAAACUUCUUUUCGCCAUGCCACCCAUAGAAGAGCUCAUAUAUUUGAGACACAUUAUGAUUCCAAGCAAAACGUUUUUCGUGAUGCAGAGGAGAGUCAUGUGAAGCUUAUUGGCGCAAUGGAUCCAGUAAAAGAGAGAGAGAAUUGUUUCUUUAGUUGCCUGGGAAACUUGCUAUUCGAUACACAAAAAAGUAGUAAAGUGCUACUAGCAUUGUGUAUUUUUGUGGUAUGUAUUGGAAUUGGAGUUUUUUUAAUGCAUUUUGUUGAGAAAAUUGGAUGGUUUGAUUCAUUUUAUUUUUCAUUUAUGGGAGUUACUAGUGUUGGUUAUGGUGCAAAGGUGUUUGAAUCAAUUGUUGGAAGAAUUUUUGGAUCAAUUUGGUUAGUUGUUUCUAUAAUUGUUGUUGUUAGAGUUUUUAUAUUGUUUGUUGAAGUUAGAGUUGAUGAAAGGCAAAGGAAAGUAGACAAAUGGGUGAUGGAACAAGAUAUGACAGUUGAUCAGUUUCAUGAUGGUUUUGUAAGUAAAUCAGAUUAUAUGAUAUACAAAUUGAAGGAAUUGGGAAAGUUCACAGAAAAGGAUAUAUUACUGAUUAACAAACAAUUUGAGAGAUUGGACACUGGUAAUUGUGGAAGAAUUACUCUUUCUAAUAUUAUAUAG